GCUGAGGACAGUCACCUGCUUUGGGGGAGCAGCCUGAGUGCGUCCUCUCCCAGCACUCGAGGGAUCGCGGGCAACGCAGGUGAGCGCGCAGCGGUGCCCUAAGGACCCGCAGCAGAGGCGCGGAACAAAGAGUUGCAGGACCAUGGCUGAUCCUGGGAACGGGCGAGGAAUCCACCUGAGUCUCGCCUGCUCCCUGCUCAUUGUGGGACUGUGCCACGUGUCUCCUGUCUUCUGCCGCAGUCACACAGACCUGCUGGCUCUUAACCAAGCUGACCCUCAGUGCUGGGAGUCCUCCUCCAUGCUCCUCUUGGAAAUGCAGGAGCCUCGUGUUUCCAACACCGUUUCUGGCUUUUGGGAUUUUAUGAUCUACCUGAGGUCAUCUGAGAACUUGAAGCAUGGGGCACUGUUUUGGGAUCUAGCGCAACUCUUCUGGGACAUCUAUGUGGACUGUGUCCUCUCCAGGAACCAUGGCUUAGGAAGGAGGGAGCUGGCUGGAGAAGAAGACAAGGUCUCAACAGUGCUGCGGAGGCACUCAGAGGCUAAGCAAGGUGCAUAUUCUCAGCUCCUUAGAACCGCUUCCUCCAAGAAGAAAGAAUUGGCUGAAGAUUUGAGAAGUGGGCACAUGCGCAGGCCGGCCUCUGGGUUCACCCGAAAAGUGAAGCUGGAAGUAAAGAGAAAAAGGAGGCUGCCCUCGGAGCUCACUCGAGCCUUGGGACUAAGAAAAAGAAUAUUUUCCUAUUAAUCAUUUAUGUAUUUUAGGUGGUGUAAAUAUCCAGCUGUGAAUAUCCUGUCAGAUUCUCUAAGAAUAUUAUUUUCAGCGUCUUGGUUGCUAGUCGAUCUCUUCCCACGGUGAUUAUGGACUGACCACUGCACUGUCUACAGGGGCUAAAGGCCUUCCAAAGCUGACUUGGGGAUGAGGGCUUUAUCUCUUUACAGUAAUUUAAUAAUUUUCCUGAAGAGGCCUGGCAAUGCCGAUGAGCUAGAGGGCCACACAUUUAGCUUGCAUAAUCACACGAAUCACAAGCCAUUAACUGCUGCAUCGCUUAUGAAACUGGAGUGGAAGGACUAUACGCAUGAAUAGUAUUACUGAUGGUCCGUGGUUCCCAGCCUUGUCUGAGAGAAGAGUUUUGAAUACCGAAUGAAGAAAAAUAAAACACAGGGGAAUAAAACAUCCAUCUAAUGAAAACAAAAUUAAUAAAAGCUUUGGCUCCCAACUGAUGUUAUUGGAUUCUCUUUAUUUAAAUCUUUAAUAUUAGCAUGA